AUGAUGGAUGCCGAUGAUGAACCGAUCGUCAGUGGUGAUCCGACAGAGGUUCCGAACCAGAACCCUGAAGUGUAUUGUCGUUUCUGCUUUUCGGAAAUAGACGUUCAGUCACUGUUUUCGGAGGAAAACAAUACAAAGACUGAUCUGCUGGCCCGUUUAUCCGAGUGCAUAGGAUUAACCUUGACCCGAAAUGACGACUAUCCGAGCAGUAUCUGCUCCAUGUGUUCGCUUAUGUUGGGGGACUUUCAGUGUUUUCGAAAUCGCUGCCUUAAAUACGACGCAGUCGUUCGUCGAUGCAGGCAAGAUUCGAAGCCCGUGGUAGAGCUGCUAUCCCCCAAGCUGGAGAAUGAGGCCCCCGAUCGACGGACGUUCAAUGGAGUAAAGUAUUCCGCAUCCGGAGAACGCAACAUAAGCUGUGCAUACUGUCCGCGCAAGUUUACGCGCAACAUGUACUACAUUCAGCAUUUGAAGACGCAUGAACCGGACAGCGAGCGGAAGGAAAAACCAUUCCAAUGCCUCCACUGUCCGCGUUCCUUCAGUACGCGAGUACGACGAACGGUACACGAAAAACGGGAGCAUCCAAAGAGGACCAUCAAGAACAAGAAUGAACCGAGUGCGUUCGUUUGUCCCGAAUGUUCGAAAUCUUUCAAGUAUCGCUACUCCCUUCGUAUGCACCUACUUAACCAUCGUGGCCAGCUUCCGUUCGUGUGCGACGUUUGUAGUAGCGGUUUCUACAAUGUCAACUAUCUGACUGCGCACAAAGCACGCUAUCAUGGACCGAACGCCGUCGAGGUAGCGCUCAACGAAAGGGUGUCUUGUCGAUAUUGUCCACGGACUUUUCUGCGGAAGUGUGAUCGCACAUGCCACAUGAAACAAAUGCAUCCAAACUACCCUCCCGAGUACGACGGUACUAAUGAUGAGAAUGACGUACCAGGAUUACUAGAAGACUGCCCACCGGCUGACAGCGAGGGAUUGACCGAUCCGGAACUACUGCCGCCGAACGUACACGAACCGAUGAUGGUGAUAAAGGAGGAGGAACCAUGCUCGGAAAUGGCUUCGGAGCGAAGUGGUCAAAGUGGCUCAGUUAAACCAAAUCCCACACUUUACUGUGAGUCGUGUGCAAUGGGAUUUGAUACGGAGGAUAUGUACGCGGAGCACAUUGAUGAUCAACACACGUUUCCUGAGCAGGGUUCAGUGAAUCCUCCUGCCUCCGAAAUACAGCACCCAAUGAUGCACCACAACCGGGCGAAAAAACUAUACUGCCAGUAUUGUUCGUCCUGUUUCAGUCGAGUCGGCUAUUUGAACGCACAUAUGUUGCGGGUGCAUCCGCGAGAGUACCAAAGCGUGAUGGGUGCACACAAGUGCCGAUUUUGUCCACGACAAUUCGACAAGGUGCGGUAUCGGAAGGUACAUGAACGCAUGACCCACCUGAAGCGCGGUGAGGUGCUACCGGAAGGAACCAAAUCGGAAAGUGAUAUGGACACAGAUGCCGGGACCGGCACAGCAAAUUUUGAAGCAAACUUGUCGAGCGUAUCGAAUGACGCAAUCAGCAAUGAUGCUUUGAUUGAUGAGCUUUGUCCUGCACGGCUUGUGGUAGUUUUGGACCGGCUGCCAGAGGAAGUGCUUGCAUCCUACCAAUGGCAAUUGGAUGAGUACUAUCACACGACGCCUGAGGUGGCACCUGAGACGGAGCAAUUGAUCGAAAUCGUGCCAAAGGAGGAAGAAAACAGUACUACGCCGAAUCCGCCACACGAGACUGAUGGUGACGUGGCCCUAACACAACGCACCAAACUUGGCAUUAAGCUGCAUCCUUGCGGCAACUGCCCCAAAGUAUUUAAAACGCGGCAGGCCCUGCGGAAGCACUCAAUGUACCACACCGGAGAGCUUCCGUUUCGGUGCGACGAGUGUGGGGUGCAGUUUAUGCGUCCGGGACAGCUUUCCUUCCAUAAGGCACGGUACCAUGGUGACAGCGCACCGACGAUAGUAAAUCGCUAUAGCUGUGAUUAUUGUCCCCGGAUUUUUCUGCGUAAGCAAGAUCUUGCCAGCCAUUACUUCAUGGUUCACAGGCGCGAUCGGGCGGCGGAGGUAUUCGCUAAUGACGGCGUAUCGCCCUCAUUGGAACAGCGUAAAAAAAGUAAACGGAAGGAGUACUGGUGCCAGGUUUGUGCCAGCUCGUUCGAGCGGCACAGCAAAUGCGAGCGCCACAUUCUCCAAGCACAUGGCCAGGACGGGAGCGUUGGUGCCGGCGGCGAGCAGGCAAUGAAACCGGUUAAACUUUGUCGCUGUAACAUUUGCACGGCGAUUUGGAAGAAGCGUGAGGACUGGCUCGAACAUCUGCGAGAGCAUGCGAACAUUAAACCACAUCACUGCGAACAGUGCUUGAAGCGACGAAAAAAGUUUAUCCGGAAGCAGCUACGCUUUCCGUGCAACGAGUGCGGUGUUAUGUACGAUCGGUACCGUUAUUUGGCAAUGCACAAACUUCGCUACCAUUCGGAGGAUGCAUCCGCGGCGCCCCAGGCAGGAUUGCAUAAGUGUUCUUACUGUCCACGAAUGUUUACACGCUUGCGCGAUGUUAACUUUCAUCAGGUUUCAGUACACGCAGAUCAAUCCACCCAGGCCAUACAGGAGCUGGGAGAAGGACAGGACAGAGAACCCACGACAGAUGAACAGGACCUGUUCUCCCACGAGUUUGGUAGUCUUUCGGAGAUGCUUCUCAACAGCAAUUGUAACGAUUUGGCGCACAAGGCAAACAUCAAGCAAGAAUUUCCUUCCAGUUGAGCCACAGAAGACUUAUGAGUUUAUCAUGCGUAGAAACAUUUCUGUUUUCGAUCUAAUUGUCAAUACGUAAUUAUCCUUAAUAAUGUACGUUGCACUAGGCAGUAGUUGCAACCGAACGUCAGUAAUUCAACGAGCACGUACGGCCGAUACGUACAUGAAACUAGUGAUGUUAGCAGUAUCAUCAUACGGAACUAUUCGGAUUAAAUUAUUAUCACGAUUAGAGCUUAGAAAACGGAUUUCAAAUUUAACAACGCGUUUCCGUCAAGUUUAGUUGCCAAGAUUGUACAUUGCCAUUAAUUUCAACGAUUUGUGUUUAAUUAUAAUAACAAAAU